AUGCAAGCAGCACAAGCAUUCCCCCCAGCAGACAAGAUCCUGUGGCGGGCCUGUCUGGGCGAUCAGUCUCACGUGGAACUCCGUGGCCUCGGACUCACAUCUCUCCCUUGGAAGGUCUUUCAGCCGCCGCUGUGCACCGCCAUCACUUACCUAGAUGUCAGCUAUAACCAGCUGUCCACUUUGCCAUCAAAAGUUGGAGAUUUACACAACCUCCAGUAUUUGUAUGCGCAUGACAAUGUGCUUCACUCUUUCCCCGUGGAAAUUGCCAGUUUGUCGCACCUCAGGGUGGUGGACUUCUCGAGAAAUUGUAUUGUUGAGACUCCAACUGCCCUAGCUCAGGCCAAGAGUCUGGAAGUGGUGAACUUGUCAGGAAAUCUCAUCACCUUGCUCAUUCCAAAACUUCUGUACAUUCCAACAUUGUUGCAGCUUCACUUGAUCAGGAAUCCCAUCCAGAAUGUUCCGAAGGACAUUAUCCGAGCUGGCUUGGACGCAAUGCAAAAGUUUUUCGAUGUAGAUGUACCAAAGAAUUGCAACCAACAGAAGUCAGAGCCUAGGAGACUCUCACUUGUGGAACAGCUAAAUUCUGUAACUCUAAGAUCAUGUUACAUCAGGGAGAAUGAGCUAGAAACAUCCAGUAUAGUAGAAGUGUCAGAAAAAGAUCAUGCCAGCGAAACACUGUCAACACACUGCAAGUGUAGCUCCGUAGGAUGGAUCUGUGGUAGAAAUGGUCGGGACAGAUGCUGGUCAUCAAGUGAUCGAGGCUACUACUCUUCAUCGAAUUUUGACAUCAACUCUCUCUCCUAUGACUUUGGCGCCAUCGAUCUGACCAAUGGAGACCAGCUUAGUUGCCAUGGUGACUACGACAGCGAGGGUGAAACCGACAGAGACAGUAACUUUGACGAAACUGAUGAAAAGUGCAGUUGUUACCAUGGAGAUGAAAUGGAGUCUGACCCUGAGGAUGAGUCGUUUCUGGCUAGGAGAAAGCGACUUCCUGACAGAACCCUUCUUCUGACGUACAAGCAAGUCUCUGUUGUGGUCCCUGAGCACAACAGAAGUGGACACAUACUGGCGGAAUUCUCCCUCGACAUCCUGGAAGAUGGCAGGUACCUCCCAGCUGAGGUGAGAGACUGGAGCCGUGUGUCUGUCCAUGCCAGCAGUGUUGUUUGUAUGGAGCCACAUGGCGCAGAGUUCUACCCAGACGAACCAGCAGUGAUCACCAUACCGCUACAUGCAGAACCCAGCCAGUGUGACAAGGUUGUGUGCCUGUGCAGCCAGACAUCAGAGGGACAGACACCAGCAUGGGAGAGGAUUCCAGAAUCUCAGUGGCAAUUCAGCGAUGGAAAAGUCAUCAUAAAAACCUCACACUUCAGUUUAUUCACAGUCGUCCUACGGAGGGUGUAUCCAGAGACUAAAAUGGUCAUAUCCACAGGAGGGGGUACCUUGAAUCUGAAGGAGUUACCUGGAGUGGAGAUCCAUUUUCCCGAAGGUUCUGUUCAUACUUCCAUGGAAGCCAGUAUGAAGGUCCUGUAUGCUGACCCCCCCUAUGGACUAGAUGAAGUAAACAGUCCCCCCUAUGCCAUCGCUACCCCUGUGGUAACACUGGGACCUCAUGGCUACAAGUUUUCUACAGUAACAGACCCCGUAGUAGUAAAACUCCCCAUCCCAGAUUACCUGCAGAUUUUGGACAGGUUUGGUCAGGACACAACGCUUACUGUCUGGCACAGUCCCACCAAUGAAGAGGAACCCCUCGCUUGGGAGAAGUUAGAGGUUGACCACCGUAUCGAAGAGGAAGGUGAAAACCAUGUGAUCUGUUUCCCUGUGACUCACUUCUCGUGGUAUCGUGUGCUGUGGGAUGUACUUGCGACGAAGAUGCAUGCGGCAAAGAUGGGAGUGACAUACUUCUAUCCCUAUACACAGUUUAGUAUGAUGUGUCAGGCACUGAUGCAAGAGUUUCAGACACACACCUUUGGGUUAGAGGUCAUCUGUUAUAGGAGUGGGAAGCCCUUACCUGAGAUCGGCAACUACCAACACAGGGUAGGGGGCAGCAUCAAACCCCGCCUCCUGAAACUAGGUGACAUCACUGUCCGGCUGGUGUCCCAGGUGUUUGAAGCUGACACAGACGCAGGUGAAGAAGACUCUCUGGCCCAGACCGAGGCAGAUUUCCGCGGACAGGAGUUUGACAAGUCCUUCGCUUGUCGAUUCAAGGGCCAACCAAUAGAGAGAGGGGUUUUUGGAAAGGUGUUUGUGGAGAGGAGGGUCCAGAAGGGGGUUUCUGAACAGGUUUUCCACUUCAACUUGACAAAAAGUGGGAAGGAGGUGGACCCCUCACCCCAGAUGGAAGAGGAAUGGCAGGUGGUCGCACUCAGGGAACUUGCUGCUAUGCUCAGCAUCACUUCAGAAGAGAACUGGAGGUUGUUCGCUACAGAGCUCGGCUUCACCAGACGAGAGGUCACCAAGUUCGCGCUGGCGGACGAUCCGUUCACACUAUUGUUGACCCUAUAUCAGGGGCGGGGCGGGACCCCGGACGAGUUUAUCCACAGUCUGUACGAGGUCAGCAGGAAGAUACGCAUGGGCGUGGCCAGCGGGCACAGAGUAGAGGAUGUGGAAAGGGCUGGUCCCAGUGGUUCGAGCUCCUCUAGGAAGCGUUCUGCCUGUUCAUCAUGUGACACCAAUGUUAACAAACGACGCAGACAAGCCGGGUCAUCCCCCAGACAGAACGGCCAUGCCAGGACCAGUCAGGACUGAAAGGUCAACAGAUAGUGAGGUCAAGACAAGAAUGAGGAGGGGACUCUGAAGCAUUAGCCAUGCCAGUACCUGUGGAACCGUUGUUUCUUCAAAAAAAAGACUAGUCUGUGUUACACACUCUCUCAUUAGUCAGCCUAUAAGAUGAUUCAUCAUCAUCAUCAUCCGCCUCACCGCAUGUCAGCCUUCGCUGAGGCUGGCCGUUAUUGUCCUCCAAACUCUCCUGUCUGCUAGUCUUGCUUUCUGGAUAAGUGUUGAGAUUUUAGGUUGUCCGGUACGGUUUCUGACAGUGUCAUUACUGAUUAUCUACUUUUAACUCUUGUACUUGAAGUUAUAGUAAUAACGUACCUCAUGUAAGUACAAUGUGGAAAUCUGUAUAAAGGUCAGGUGUGUUUAAUGGGUGUUACAAUGUUGUUUUGAUUGUGACUAGAUUUUUUUUAUAUGUACAUGUAUGUCAGACUCUGCAUUUUUGGAUUUCAAACCUUAACAGAUUUGACAUGGAUAUUGGUGGAAAAUUAUAUGUUUGGCAGAAGAGUGAUGAUGAUGGUAUAUAAGAGAUGUGACAAUCAGCAACUAGAAAAUGAAUUGUUAAAUUGAUAACUACAUAGUAUUACAAAUUACAAGUGCCUGACCAAUACAUACAAUUGUCCUUCAGUGUUUGCAUUUGAAUGUAGGAACACUGUAGGAUUUUGGUGGCAAAGCUUAAAUUUUGAAGAAAAACAGCCCUCCAAAAUUAAAUUAUAUUACAAGAUAUUCAAAGUAUGGGUUUCAAUGGGAUGAUUGAGAGAUCUACUGUAAGUCAAUUUUUGACCCUAUAACAAGUUGGAAAUGAAGUUGCUAAGACUAUAAGUUGACAAAAAAGUAUCGAGAAACAUGUUGCAAAAGUAAUUUUAAGAUCUACCAAACAUUUCUUAACAUCGCCCCAGUUGAAGUUUGUCCAAUGUCUAUGUACUGUAAUUCAUCUGAAUGGUACUCCAGGGGUUAAUACUGUCUGUAUAAUACAACUACAGCCUACUACACAGUCAAUGUCCAGUUGUUAACACAAUGAUUUUUAGGGAUUCAGACAAAAUAUUGUCCGCAGAACCAGAAACCAUUCUUCUGUUGUUGAGUCUCUCUUUAAGGUGGGAGAUAAGAGUUUGUAUUUUACCCUUACUGAAAAAGGUGUUGAGCAGUGAAAAUACCAGGAAAUACAUACUUUGAAAGUUUGUGUAGAAUACAGUUAGCACAGUGAUGUCUGCUGUAUAUUACAUGUAGAUCUGCUAGAGUGUUUCCAACAGGACCAAUGACCAGAUAGGUCUGGAAAUGUAAGGUUUGGUCAAUAGUGUAUUCAUAGUGGAUACAUGGGUUAGGUUGCAUUCCAAGUACAGUCAAUGCGUGUUACAAUCAAAGUUAGUUUAGGACAUGGUAAAGAUUGCUGUUUGUAUUGUGUAGAUGGCUAGAUUUCUAUUGUGUUUCCUGAUCCCUUGCAAGCCAAGGGUAAAGUGUGAAAUGAAAUACUGCAUUGUCAGUAAUAUUGUGUAGAGAAUCUGAUCAUGAUACAAGUUGUUACCAUAAGGCCAUGUUGAUUUGAUUAUAUGGAUGACAUCUGCAUGCACAACAAUUUUCCUCUGUUUACCACACAGAUGUAAAUUGCAAAAAACGGAUACUAUUGAUUACAAAGUGAAAGAACAAAAAUGAAGAUUGUUGGUAUACAAUACUCACUUGUUAAUCAAUAGUUCAACCAUUCUGACCACUAAUGAAUACAACUUUUCCUUUUUGCCAAACUUUUCUCUUUGCGUUGGCUUUUGGGUUCCAAGAGGAUGUCACCCAUACAACUGCAUCAAUCAACAUGAUUGGCCUCAUCCUUGAAAGCAUGAAAUUAUGAUCAUAUUGUAAGUAAGAUUGUGAAAGAUUGGAAUAGAUUGACAUUAUGGCAGGGCCAUACAAAAGUUCUGACAAAAUUUAUUAUUAUAUUGCUUGCUUUUGACAAAUCAAAUAAAGAUGUUUUACUUAAACUGUG